AUGGCGGACGAUGGCAUGCUGCUCAACUUCUCUGUCGGAGACGGGCCUCUGAUUGCCAAGCCGAGUUUCAAGGGCGGUAGUUGGAAGGAUAGACUAAGCGCAAAGAAAGCAGCUCUGCACCGGCAGAAGAAGCUGACACAGCCUUCGACUGGCCGGCCUGCUGCGUCAGAGAACAAGCCUGCAAGGGAAGAGUCGGACUUUCCGGUUAAUAGAGCAGCCAAGCGACAGCGGACCGAAACCGACUUCGCCCCUACACCGCGUGCAGGCGCACCGCGUGGGGCCGGUCAGACAAAUGGCGACCGCUCCGAGAGACGGACGGAUGGGCCGAAGCAGGUCAUCUCCUCGCUGUUCACCUACAAUCCCGCCUCCACCUCGAAGGGCGAAGCCAAAAUCGCGGAGAUACAGGACGUAGACGUAGAGCCCUCCAACGCGCCUCUUUCGGGCGAGCUCGAAACGUUCACCUCCCUAGGCCUCUCGCCCACGAUAGCAAGUCAUCUGCUGAACAAGCUGGGCAUAAAGGCACCAACAGCUAUACAGAAGGCUGCCGUCUCUCAGCUACUAAAAGAGGACUCGGAUGCCUUCAUCCAAGCAGAGACCGGCUCGGGCAAGACGCUGGCAUACCUCUUGCCCAUAGUGCAGCGGAUCAUGGCUUUGUCUAAAGCGACGAAGACGGUAGAAGAGUCGAAUGAACCCGACGGCGUGCAUCGGGACUCGGGGCUAUUCGCUAUCAUACUAGCGCCAACGCGCGAGCUGAGCAAGCAGAUAUCCGUUGUCUUGGAGAGUCUGCUGCGUUGUGCACACUGGAUCGUGGCUGGCACCGUCCAAGGCGGAGAGAAGAAAAAGUCGGAAAAAGCACGCUUGCGGAAGGGACUCAACAUUCUAGUCGCCACUCCCGGCCGUCUGGCGGAUCACUUGGACAAUACGGAGGCCUUGGACGUGAGCAACGUGCGUUGGCUUGUUCUUGACGAGGGAGACCGUCUGAUGGAGCUCGGCUUCGAAGAUGAGAUACAGAAGAUUGUCAGCAAGCUGAACAUGCGAAUGAAAACGGCGCAGCUGUCCAAGACGUCAAGAAUACCCGGUCUGCCGGAAAGAAGGACCACCGUGCUAUGUUCCGCUACUAUGAAGAUGAAUGUGCAGAGAUUGGGAGAGAUCAGUCUGAAAGAAGCCGUGCAUAUCCAGGCUGCUUCCAGCGACAAGCCGGAGGUUGGCACGACACAAGAGACAAAAGAAGAUGUGUUCUCGGCUCCGGCGCAGUUGAAGCAGUCGUACGCGGUUGUCCCAGCAAAGCUACGCCUAGUAUCUCUCAUCGCUCUGCUGAAACGAACCUUCGCCCGGCGAGGUUCGGUGAUGAAGGCCAUCGUCUUCAUCUCCUGCGCCGACUCCGUAGACUUCCACUUCGAGAUCCUCAGCCGCGACCAAGCCGACCAGCCCGCCUCCAGCGACGGGCCUCGCCCAUCCGCCACAGACGCCACAAACAACGAGAGACCUGCCCCCACCACUCAGAAUCAACCAACACGCCCCUCCGACCCCCGCACCUCCGCCCUCGCGCCCUCAAUCUCCUCCCCAAACAACCCAAUCCAGACCUACCGCCUGCACGGCUCGCUCCCCCAGUCCCUCCGCACCUCAACCCUCAAGUCCUUCGCUACCUCCAAAGACCCGGCCGUCCUCCUCUGCACCGACGUCGCCUCGCGCGGCCUCGACCUUCCCAACGUCGACUUCGUGCUCGAGUACGACCCGGCCUUCUCCAAAGACGACCAUCUGCACCGCGUCGGCCGCACCGCGCGCGCCGGGCGGCAGGGCCGCGCGACUGUGUUUUUGAUGCCCGGGUGCGAGGAGGGGUAUGUGUCCGUGCUGGCAGAGGGAAGACGGGAAGGGGAGAAGGCGCUUAGCCGGCAGGAUGCGAACGAGCUUCUCAGAAAGGGCUUUGUCUCGCCCGCGGCGACGGGCACGGAAAAGGAGAAGGAGCGCGGCUGGCAGGACCGCGCGACGGAGUGGCAGCUCGGCGUGGAGCGCUGGGCGCUGGAGCAGCCCGCGCGGCUCGAGAUGGCGCGCCGCGCGUUCCAGAGCCAUGUCCGCGCGUAUGCGACGCAUGUUGCGGCUGAGAGAGCGUGUUUUGAUAUCAAGCAGCUGCAUCUGGGACAUUUGGCAAAAGCGUUUGCGCUUAGGGAUCGCCCGGGCAGGAUUGGAGUGCCGGGCAUGAGGCCGGGGGUGGAUGGUGGGAAGGGCAAAACAGAGCGCAAGGAUGCAGCGAAGAGAAAGGGGGUGGUGGCGAGGGGGGAGAAGGGGGAUGGUGAUGUUGCGGCGGUUGUUACGGAUGAGGAGGUCGCGAGAAGGAAGAUGAGGGCGAUGGCGAGGGCGAUGGGUGGAGCGAGUGAGUUCAAUCUGGGAUGA